AUUUUAUAACAGCAAUUAAAUAUACAUCCGUAUUUUCAAGCUAGUAACGAAGUACUUAACUACUGGGCUGUAGAGACCCUCGGGGACUAACAGUCCACCAGCAGAGGCCUCGACCCAGGGGUCAUAAUGUAAAACUUAUACGGUACCAAGUUUGAUGCACCAGAUGCGCAUUUCGACAAAUAAUGUCUCUUCAGUGAUGCUCAACCGAAAUGUUUGAAAUCCGAAAUAACUAUGAAGUUUUAAAUCUAAAUAUAGCCAAAAACAGCGUGCCAAACAAGUGGAGCCAAAUUCGUCCAAGGAUAAUAGCUAUAUAAGAGUACUCUUAUAUAGUAAUUAGGCCCCCAAGCGAUAUAAGUGCCCGUGAUUCCAAACACUGAGUAUGAUACGUUGGAAAAUCUUUGUUUUUUCCUCAUACAAACUAAGAUAAUUUUCUCGCAUAUCAGACGGGAAACCAUGUUUCCUUGAUUCUCGGAUUUCGUGAUAGUCAAGUACUUACAUGUACCUAAAAUAGUUAUUUUAGGGGAUGUCAUCCAGAACUGUGAUAAUUCUAACUAUAGCAUGAACUUCCCAUGAAUUAACGAGGGGGAAAUUCUCUCUCGAUCGGAAACAAAGACGUGGUAAAUACAUCGGAGAACUAUUCCACUACAGUUGUAUACAUACUGAGAAAACAAAAUGACCGGAUGGCUGAGAAGUUUAUUCAUUAUAAUGAUGUUUAUAGAGGGCUGUAGAGGAUUUUUCAAUGGAACCUGGUUUGAAGCUCAAAAAAAUUGUCAAAAUCAGGGUGGAAAGUUACCCAUCAAUCCAUCAGAAUCAACAGAUGGAUUUUAUCAAUGGACUGCUUAUCAUAAAAGAUUGUCUUCAUGGAUAAAAAUAUUAGGGUGCUACGAUGAGAAUAUUUCAUACGAAAUGAAGCGGAAUGUUUCAUCCCUUGGAGAAUGUCAAGAAUUGUGUACAUCAAAGAAUAUAUCUACAUUUGGUAUUCAGAUGACUACGUGUAUUUGUGUAGACCAUCCUAGUGAUACAAUACCCUUGCCUCCGGAGAACUGUAGCUAUAACUGUACCCAAAAAACGAAAAUGAACAUGUUUCUUUUCAAUACAUGUGGUGGACCAUCUGCUUUCAACAUGUAUAAAUCAGACACUCCAUUUGAAAACGGAAUUGUAACUUCAGAACAAAACAGUACUUGUGUAGGAAUCCAAUGUGGAGGCGAUUCCAAAUACCUAUACGUUGAUAACUGCAAGUUACUAGACCACAAGGAUUGCCAGGGAAACGGUAAUCGAAGUUCAGAAUCCAGUUUGAGGCAGGGAAUGAAAAACUGUAAAAUCUCUCGGUCACUUUCGUAUCUACUUGGGAAUUUCCAUAUGGAAAAAAUAACUCAAGGAUGUCAUUUAUUCACUAAAACGAUGGCUGAACAAACAAGGCUUGGAAUAGCAAAUCAAAUUUAUGAUAGCAGUUCUUAUAAAGAAUUACAUACGAAAUAUCAGGAAGUCGUGGAAUGUCAGGAAUGCUCCAAUAGUUCCUGCAGAUUUGUAAACUGUUCAACAACGGGAAAGUACCUAUGCAAAGGUGUACGUGGUGCUAGUAGCAGCCCGACAUCUAGAGGAGCCUUUGUGAAAACAAAUAUUCAACCGACAGUAUAUUUUGGUAUAAACCUCACCACAUUGUAUACACAUGUUUCUACUAUAACUGCGACAUGGGAGAUACCGGAGAGUGAAGAUGAUUCACCAACCAUUGCAACUUUAUUUCCAGUCAUUGCAGUUGUAGUCGUUGUUGUUAUGAUAGCAUUGCUGUUGCUUGUUGUACUUUUCAGGAGGAAAACAAGACAAAUACAAAAUAGGAGCCACCCUCAGAGGUCAAUGCCGAAUGCUCACAACAAUACAGAAAUGACAGCAACCUCAACUAUCUAUAAUGUAGUCAGAUCAAGAAAAGAGUCUAGCAAAUUAGAAAGUGAGAGGGACAUUGAGAAAGAGAGCCCAUAUAGUAAAGGCGAGGAUGGAGUGUAUGAUCACCCCAGAAACAAUCAAGCUAGACGGAAACAAACCGAAGAUAUAUACCACCAUGCUUCCAUUGUUACAUCCAACUACGCUGAAAUGAAUGAGGUACAAACGAGUCGUAUUGACAACAUCUAUGACCGCUCUGGUUCAUGCACGAAAACCUCAGAUGACAACGCCUAUGAUCAGGCAGAUAUCAGGGCCCCUCCAAUGGGGGCGUCUGUUUCCUCACAAUAGCAUAUGAUUUCCAACAAGUAUGUGUAAUCUGUGUGAAAAUGAUGAUUCAAUUUAGUGCUAUUGAAAAUUGUGUGAAAAAUGCAUAGUUCUAUAAAAACCAAAAUGCAAUAUAUACAUGUACCCUUUAGAGAGAUGGUGGGGUUGUUAAUGAUCAAUGAGAAGUAGCUUCAUGAAUAUAUUUUUUUUGUGAUUUCUUCUUUUGGAAGCUAAUUUUAAUUCCUACAAAGGACGUAUGAUAGGACGUGCAGAGAGACAGCAUUUGUCACGAGUGUCAUAAUAAAAAUAAAUAGUAGCCUGUUUGAUUCCACAAAAUUGCAUAUUCAAAUAUUUUGAAACAGAUUUUAGUUCCAAAUAUGCGUAUGAUUUGUAUUAGCCAUGUUGUAAUAAAUUUUAGCCGAUAA